GUUUACGUGGCCGGAAACAGACAACUGUUGUGAAAGCUUUUGUGUACACUUGAACAAAGUUUCGGCGGAUUGAACAAUUUGUAGCAAGAAGCAGAGAUCCAUUUAAGCUUGAAGUAACUAAUAUCAAGUCGAAACAAAUGGAGCAAAGCGGAGAAGCAUCUUGCAUGGACUGUCCCAACACAAGUAAACCUGCAGAUCCUCAACAAGUUGAGAACCCUGAUGGUAUUUGUAUAGCUGAGGAACAAUCUUUAGUUUCAAUUAACACAGAAGAAACAUGUGCAAAUGAAACUAAAUAUUGCGAUUUGUGUUUAUUCGAUAACAUUGAAGAAUGCGCCAUCGGAUUUUGUAUUAAUUGCACCGAUUUUCUGUGCAAAAGCUGCCUCGCGAACCACAAAAGGAAUAAAGUUACACGCUCGCAUAACGUAUUGCAAGGGGAAGAAAUGCCUGACAAUUUUGAGCCUUUUCGUGCACUGCGAGCUCUUGUGAAAUGUGAAUUUCACCCUGAAUACGACAUAACGUACAUGUGUGCUGAACACUUCAUAGAUGUAUGUGCAAUCUGCGUGACAGAUAAACAUCGCUUGUGUAAAUUGGAAAAAGUGAGUGCAUUAAUUAAUGAAGAAAAAGGCGGCCUAGUGAAAGAAAAAUUAAUGAAGCUAGAAUUGCACAUUGAACAAUUAACCUUAAAUCAAGAAACAUACAUGACGCACAUGCAAGAAGACCAGAAAAGAGCGAUUUCAGAAGCUCAAGAUAUUGCACAACAGCUAAUAGAGCACAUUGUUACACUCACUAACAAAGUGGUAGAUGAGAUCACAGAAAUUGGAAAUACAGAAAUCAGCUUGACUAAAGCAAGAUCAAAUGAUGCUAAUUAUAUGAGUCAGGAAAUUAGAAGAAUGCAACAAUUAAUGGAAACAGCCACGAAAUAUGGCAGUGCUGAGGAAUGCAUUUUAGCUUCGCGGAACAUUGAUGCAAAUGUAAAAGAAAUCCUAACAAAAUUGUGUGCAUUGGAAAUAAGUGACCACAAAUAUUUCUCAAUUGACAUUCUUAAUGAAAUUCAUAAGUUGGAUCGUCUCUGUAAUGUAAGCUUUGCAAGUGGUGUGCAAAAUAAACUCGUCAUUGAACACGCAAGCGAUGGAUUUAGGGAUGUUCUUGAAUGCGAUAUAUUAGAUGAACAGAGUGACAACUGCACAGUGCGAGACGUUGGUACUCAGUAUGAGACAUCAAUUUCAAAAUGCAAUAAAGAGGUACAGACAUUUACAAUCGCAUGCGCAUCUGCAUCAGACGUUCUGCAAGCAACUCGACCUUUAACACAUCAUUCAAUGCCGUCUCAAGUUGCAAGCAAACGAAGUGUGAGACCUUUUAUGGAAAGGUCUGUUUCAAAAACUUCUUCAAAAUUUGAAAUAAAAUCCCUAAAUGACGAUUUUAAAUGUUCCGUAACAGCUAUUAAAAUCAUGCCCGACGGGAAGAUGUUUCUUGCAGACAGACGGAACAGAAAGAUUAAACUAUUGUCCCCAGAAUUUGUAGUUCUUGACGAGUGCACACUUUCUGGACAUCCAAUAGAUUUGUGCGUUGUUGAGGAUGACAUUUAUGUCUGUUGCGUUGAUGAAAAAAAGAUCUUUAAGUUUUCUUUUAAUGGCUUGGGACAAUUGUGCCAGACGGGUGGUUAUCCAACAAAGUUUUGGCCUGUAAGCAUAUCCCGUUUUGAAGAAAGAGUGAUGAUUUUGUUCUUGGCAAUGUCGGGACGUUUUGAUUCUAACAAUCAUGAUGAUGUAGAAAUUGAAAUAAGAAACGGAAGCAAAAUUGACGCCGGAUUAGAGUAUGGCCCAGACGACCCCAGAGCUUCGGAGGAUGAAGCGGACGACCAUUAUUUUAUAGAUUGGGCUAAAAGGAUCUUAACGUUAGAGAACGGUUCGGUUGUACUAGCAGAGGAUAAUCGCGUUUCAUGCUACGGCAUUGAUGAGUGUCAAAAGGAGAUUGGUGACAGAAAAUGGUUUUAUAAAUGUAAUAGAUCAAAUCGUUUGGUUAAUGCAAGAGGACUCGCAAAUGAUAGCGAAGGAAAUGUCUAUAUUUGUGGCUCAGUGUCCAAUAACAUUCAUCAAGUGUCUUCAAAAAACUACCGCCACAACAGGAUAAUAAUUUCUGAUAUAAAAAAGCCGUAUUCUGUAUGUGUUGAUUCAAAAAGAGAUAGAUUGAUUGUAGGCUGCUGUCGAGAUAAUAACAUCUAUGUAUUUGACUUCCUAUAAUUUAAUCGAUUUGGUGAACUAGGGAACCAACACAUAUUACUUUAAAAUUCCAAUUGUGUUAAUAUAUCAAUAUGGUAUUCGUAACUGUAUUCAUCAUGAAUAUAUAUGUUCAUGUACCGGUAUGUAUCAUUGUAGGUAUUUAAAUUAAGUAUCCAUUAUCAGACUAGUAAACAGCAAAUCAAG